GUCAUCAAUUACUACAACCGGCCCAAACUACACCAUUGUUGUGUGUUUGUUCUUGUUUGUGCAUGUAAUAAAUUAUUUUGCAUGUAAGCGUCCAGAUCCUGUCGCUAGAUAAGCCCCCCUUGUCCAUUUCUUAACCCCCGUCAAACGCAGCCUUUGAGCAUGACACGAAACGAAUAAUCAAUACUCAUAAAGGUGUGAUUCAACUGUGGUAAAUACGCGACGCUGUUAGUUAAUUUUACACAACUUCGCAAAUACGACGUAGUAGUCGGGUUGAAUACCAACCAGGGGCCCCCUUGUCACGUGUCGUAAGUCACAAUUCGUAUUUUGAGGCGGUGAUUCAUUUAAACGCCAAGCGCCGCUUUCCUGCUUUUGUCAGUGGAAAGAACCGAACGAACGAAUCAUGGCUUCGAAAGUUAUGGUCAAAAUACCGGUUGCACCAUUUGGGCAAGUGAACAAAUCAAAAUCUGGUGGCGUGAACAGCGAACUGGUGGCCGUUCCGCGGUCACAGGACGUUCCCUCUCACAGUCCUGAAAGACCUAAAGGUCCUGACAGCGCAAGAGUCGCACAACUGGAGCAAAACAUACGUUUUCUCCAAGAACAACAUCAGCUUAUGUUGACAGGUCUUCACAACGAGAUUGAAAGUCUUCGAAUUAGAAACAGAGAACUGCAAUUCCAGUUAGUUUUCGUCAAAGGUACUCUCCCUAGUUCUCCAUCGUCGCCCGAAGACGACUCAAAACAUAAAGUGUAUUCUAGCCCCAAGCAAAUCAACAUCACGCCACUCCAAGUCGAAAUUUUGGAAAAAGAGUUGGGGGAAUUGAAAUUUCAAUUGCAGGAAAUCGAAAGUCGGAACGUGUACCUGUCUGCUAUCGUAGACGAGCAAAAAAAGAAGCUCGAGCGUUACGAGCGGGACAGGGAGAAGGAGCGUGAACGGGCCCUCCAGCCCGACCCCGAACUGCUGCGAAAGCUGGACGACGCUGAGGCGAUUAUAAGACGAUUGCGGCGCGAAAAUUCCGAUUUGCGGCGCGAAAACGCCGGUGUCUCCCAUUUCCAAAUGCGGGACUCCACCGGCACGUACAAGGAGCCCCAGAAAGGGGGCAACCAGCGGGGGAUGGGCCGGCACAGGGGCAACGGCAGCGGCCACUACAGGGGCAACUGGUUCCCGCCUCUCCACUCCCAGAGCUUCUGGCAACAAGGGUCGCGACCGGAGAGGAACGGAAGUGCGGAAAACACCGCCUUACCGAACUUGCAAACUAGCAACUCGACCCAGUAUCAGGGCCGGAGAGGGGCCAACAAUAACCACUAUCAUGAGGGCCGGAAGUACAGGGGGCAGAAUAAAAGCACCAAGCCGUCGUAAAGCGAGAAUCAAAGGGAUUUUAAGCGUUGGGUAUUGUAAUAGGCGCUUAAAUUCUGUCGUAUUAUUAGAAACAAAUAUUUUAAUACUCCCCGCGAUUUAAACUGUUGUUAUAAUCAUGUUGACACAUGCAAAGUUCACUUUUUUUAUGGAAAAACUUUCGGGAGUAGAGAUGUAAUUAUAGACUGUGAUUUAAUCAAAAAGCUUUUUUUAAUUAUGACUGGAUUCUCUGAUGUUACGAGGAAUUUUAAACAAUUAGAUUCAGCGACGCUGAAUUUCAGUCACGGGUCACUUUGACCAGAGAUUUAACCGAAAGCAUCAUUGUAAAUCUAUCUAAAUAUUUUAUCUAUGUAUCUUUAACAGGAAGUUUAUUUAUUAGUGGAUGCUUCCUGUAAUUAACAUCCAUCCACGUACUAUGUGUAAUUAUUUAGACUCUCUUUACCAUCCUGCGUAAAAAUAGGUUUGGAAUUGUCGACUUGGUUCGUGGCAAUUUUCCCACCCACCUCAUCGUCUCAAAAACAUGCUUUACUUACAUAAUACAGUAUUGAGUAUACUAGUGCAUAAAACUCCGUUGAUAUAAUUGUGCAAUACAUUUUCCUAAUGGUAGAUUUUAAUACUAAACUAUGCACUCUCUCUGUGUUAUAUUUAUGAAUUUACUUAUUUUCCCUACGUUUACUUUCGUAAUACAUUAUACGUGUAUUAUUGAUCUAAAUAAAGCGCAAUAUUAACA